AUAUUCUUCGACAACGAACUUGUCAACAAGAUUGUUUCAGAAAUGAACAGAUAUGGUGAUAAUUUGCUAAACUGUGAUGAUUUACGAGAGAAUUUGAAGCUAGUUGUUAAAAAACGACUAGCAGAGAGAUGGCAAAAUGUGUGGAAUGCACAAGUCCACAAUAAACUAUACAAGAUCAAACCUACGAUAGAAAAUUGGACAUGCAAGAAACAGUAUGACAGGAAAUCUAAAGUUAUUCUUAGUCGUUUGAGAAUUGGGCAUACUCGACUGACUCAUCAAUACCUUUUGAAGGGUGAAGACCAGCCAGUAUGUGAGUAUUGCAAUUGCUUUCUAAGUGUAAAACACAUACUUUGCCACUGCAUUGCUCUCAAUCAAAGUCAUAGACAGCAUUUCGGAAAUGCAAGUUUGAGAGAGAUUUUGGGCCAGAGGCCAAAUCUGGACAAUAUAGUGGACUUUCUGAAAGUCAAUAAUAUGUAUAGAGAUAUUUGAUUACUUAUUUAUUUAUUUAUUUUAGAGUUUUAUUUUACAUUGUUUUUGCUUAGUUAUCUUUUUGUAUAUAUUUGUUGUUAUUUAUUAAUUUAUUUAUCUAAUAAUGUCCUAUGUUUGUUAGUGUGAUGUUUAAAAUUUUUACCAUUUGCCCUGGCGCAGCUUAGCCUACAUGGCUCUUGGGCAAAAAAACUAAAACAAAGCAACGACAUCUGCGAGGUUUUCUAUUG